CUUCGUAAGGAUAUCCCACUUUUUCUAGUUUUAUAUUUUCCAUCUCCAUUUUCCCUUUCUUCCAAUCUUCCAUUUUUCCUCCUCUUUCCUUUUCCUCCCUCAAAAAACCUGUAAAUCUGAAGCCCUUUUUCUUUAAAACAAAUAUCUUCAUGGACAAAUUACUCACUGUUAAUCAAAAAAAGGCAUCAAAACAGCCCAAGAACAAGAAAAAGCCAAUCAAGGUUGUGUACAUAACAAACCCUAUCAAGUUCAACACUAGUGCAUCGGAAUUCAGGUCCCUGGUGCAAGAACUCACCGGACAAGACGCCUGUACGCCUGAGUAUUCCCCCAAGUUCGUGCAGAAUAAUGUUGUCGGCGACCGUGAGGUGGCUGACGCCGUGAAAUUGGCGGAGGAUCUUGCACCUGCUGCACCACUUGAGGUGGCGUCAACAGUAGUAGGGCAACUGCAUCCUAGUUACGGUGAAAUUUCAAGAAGAUCUGAUCAGGGCUCUGGGACAUUUGACCGUGGCAUCUACUCUCCACAGAUGGUGGAUACUUUCAAUGAGUUAAUGCCUUCAAUAGAGUGGCAUGAAACUUCUCACAUUGAUGUGCUCGAAAGCCUGGAUGCAAUGUAAAUUAAUUAGGUAUAUGUUGUUUAUUAAAAUAAUUUGUUAAUUUUAAUUUGUCUGUGUUGACUUUAUUUCAUUUAAAUUAUCAUCUAUUGGUAAAUUAUAUUAGCUGAAUUUAAGGGCACUUGUAGAGCAAGUAUUUACUUAACAUCUUGUCCUUCAAGAAUAAAGAUCUAAUCUGAAUUUUACAAGGUCACUAAGGACCAGACA